GGCUCGCGAGAGCCGCCUCAGGUCUCCGCCGGCACACCGGGGUCCCGCCAACACCACGACCAGGGCGGAGCCGCCGCGAGGGGGCACCACGAGGCGUGCUGACGGUGCCCAUGGCGUCCCAGGACGGCCUCCGCAGGGGCCGUGGAGGCACACGCCUGAGCCUCCACCUCCUGAUCUGGCUUCAGUUCCUUCAACCCCUGCUCAGUGAGCCAUACCGACCCGAGGAGGAUUCCAGAAUGACCCCGGCAAGCCCAGAAGCCCGGACGUCUCCUGUGCACCCGAAAUUCCCCAAAAUUCCAGAAACUUCUGUAGCUCCAGGGUCUCCAGCGACCGCAGGGCCUCCAGGAUCCUGGGUUACUUCAGCAUCUACAGUGGGAGAAGCCUUGGAAUCCGACGGAAUCUCCGACCUUGGAAGGCAGUUUUCUCAGGCCUGUGGCCACCGUGUUUCAAGGAUAAUUGGAGGAUUGCCAGCCCCAAACAAGAAGUGGCCCUGGCAGGUGAGCCUGCAGACCAGCAACAUACACCAUUGUGGAGGCUCCCUCAUCGACAGGCGCUGGGUGCUCACUGCCGCCCACUGUGUCUUUAGUAAUUUGGAAUACAAGGUGAAGCUGGGAGACCCUGACUUGCAUGCUGGUUCCAAAGAGGCACUGGUGAUCCCUGUUCGAGACAUCAUUUUUCCUAGCAAUUUUGAUUUUGCCACUUUGACAAGCGACAUUGCCCUUGCUCUGCUCGCCUACUCUGUGAAUUAUUCCUCACAUAUCCAGCCUGUGUGCCUCCCCGAAAAGCUUUUUGAAGUGGAAGCUGGGACAGAGUGCUGGGUGACUGGAUGGGGCCAAGUGUCAGAGAGUGUUUCAGGACCAAUGCCACUUGUUCUUCAGGAGACUGAGCUAAACAUUAUGCGUCAUGAGAAAUGUCGUGAGAUGCUCAAGAACAAGAAUAUAUCCAAGAGUAAAAUGGUCACGAGGGGGACCGUCUGUGGCUAUAAUGACCAAGGGAAGGAUGCCUGUCAGGGAGAUUCUGGGGGGCCCCUGGUCUGUGAAUUAAAUGGCACAUGGGUCCAGGUGGGGAUUGUGAGCUGGGGCAUUGGCUGCGGUCGCAAAGGAUACCCUGGAGUUUACACAGAAGUUAGUUUCUACAAGAAAUGGAUUAUUGAUCACCUGAGACAAGCUUCCUGUUUGAAUUCAGCAGACUUCCUCAUCCUAGUCCUGUGUCUGGUGAUGCCCCUGGGCAUCCUGGUGACCUCGUGAUCAGACCCCAUUCCACUCUUCUGCUGUUUCUGAGUCUCACACUUAGGUGUCUCCUCUGACCAACUUCCCACUCCUUCUCAAUGCCCUUUCCACAAAUCCCAGUUGGAAUCCACAGGCCCUCUGGAGAUCCGUACAAUAGAGCAUGGCAGGGAGACUGGGGCCUGGAAAGUGCCCCUGCCUGGUGCUCUCGUCUAGAGGGCCAGCUGCUCUGCCAGGUGGGCCACGGUGACUCGUCAAUAUCUGGAGGAACAUCUAUCAAAGAAGAGACAUCAUCAACGGUGAAGCAAGCGUUAGACCUGGUUCUGGUUUCAGGGCUCUCACCUGAGACUUUGUGAAACCAGCCAGCUGGGUGAUUGCUCACAGAGAGUGAAGGAGGCGUUACCAGGUCCCUGCAGACGUGUGAGGCCUGGGACUUCCACUCUGGCUCAGUUGUCUGGGGCUGGGAGAAGUUCCCCUGCAGCCCAGUGUGGAUCCAUCUGUGAGUGGACAGCCUCUGCCACACUAGUUCUUUUGGAGCAACCCAUUCUUGGCACCCCCUUCCUCAGUGCCCUAGUGGCCACUUUCAGGGACACCACAAGUUGUGUUGAGGCAGUUAUGAAGUGUGGAGUUUUCAUAAAUCAACUGAUUAAAUGUUUGGAGAGUC